UCUGAACCACUCGAGCCUCUGGCCUAUCAUUCGGAACACAGAACCACAUUCACUAGCGUGAGUGCCUCCUACGAUGCGGACGACAGUAACACGAUGGAGCUAGAGCACGACACACAUCUUCUUCUCGAUCAGCCGCUCCUGCGCCUUCCCCAUGAGCUAUUGCGUAAGAACUUGAAGACGGCCCAGCGUCACGUCGAUCAGGGCAGCAAGAAUGUGACAAAAGACGUGCAGUCAGCUGGAAGCGAGAGUACGAAUGGCAAUGAUAGCCUGGCAGCCCUCGAGGCAGCGCUCACAAAGGCACAAACGCUCAAAAGACGGCUAGAGCAACUUCAUGCCGAGGAACAGACGAUACAAGGCCAGCAACGGAAGCGCAUCGAGCACCUGGAGCAACUUCAUCAGACAAGCAGCCUGGCAGAUGUCAAAUACGACCGCUGGGCCCAUACACGCCUCGAUCGGUUGUUGGUCGAUUACCUGCUGCGGCAUGGCUACUCUCAAACAGCGUGUGACCUGGCUUCCGAGAAAGACAUUACUGACUUGGUCGACGUCGAUGUGUUUGACGAAUGCCGUCGUAUCGAGCAGAGUCUCCUGCUUCGUCGGACCACCGAUUGCCUGGCGUGGUGCGCUGAUCACAAACAGGCUCUGAAGAAGACAAACAGCACUCUCGAACUGGAGCUGCGCCUUCAACAGGUCGUGGAAUUGGCCCGCCACGGAGACAUGAAGACAAAAGUUGAUGCGAUGCUUCACGCGCGCAAACACUUGGUUGCAGGCCAGGACAUCGAAUUUGGCCUGCGUGCAGGUGGAUUACUGGCCCACGAUCCAGACACGCUCGUUGAGCCAUAUCGAAUGAUGUACAGCUCAGAAAGGUACACACACCUUGCGCGCCAGUUCGUGAAGACCCAUCAUGAACUCUUUGCUCUCCCGUCUCAGCCACUACUUCAUAUUGCUCUGUCUGCCGGACUGUCUGCUCUGAAGACUCCCAGUUGCCACUCGCAGUACGCGCUUCAGGCAAACGCGAACACUGGUGCGCCAGUCUGUCCAAUUUGCAGCACUGAGCUGAACGAGCUUGCCCGCAGCGUUCCAUACGCUCACCACACCAAAAGCCACAUGGAGGAUGAUCCUGUCGUGCUUCCUAAUGGUCGUGUGUACGGCAGAGAACGGCUCAAGCGACUCAACGACAAGCUUGGCACGACGAGAGGGAAGAUACGCGAUCCCACGGAUCUCGAGAAUGAGUGGGACGAGGAAGAUGUGAGAAAGGUGUACAUUUUGUGAGUACGACCUCAUACAUGCGUUAGCGUUGCAUGAGUUUACGACAUUCACUUCUGGCCUGUUCGUGACACCAAUCGAUCGACGCAUACGUUGCGCAUUUCAGUGACACUCGGGAAGAACCUAUCGAUAAGAUGUCGCGUACUCGUCUUUGACAACGAUUGCUGGUGAGUAAGGUACCUGGGCUUUCUCUUCCGAUGUGCCGGCAUCGUCAUACCUUCCUGCGUGAUCUCCAUCUUCUGGUUAGUACAGGUCAGCAACCCUUGUAGGCCACGAUUUUCGAUUUCGUUUGCAAUUCACUCGUGUAGCACGUCACGCCUCACUGCAUGGAACCCUGCGUCCCGACGCGGAACUCCUGUGCUUCAUCACAAUUCCUUUCCACCCUGAAUCCUGAGAAGUGGCUCGCACGGACCGAAACGUACACGAUGCCUUCUUCCGACGGACGUUUAAUCGGCGCGAUCGUUGGAGCAGCUACAUUCCUGGCGCUCAUGACAUGGCUUGUCUGGUACUACAAACGCUCGCUUUUCGUGUGGCCGGAGUGGAAGGCCAAGCGAGAGGCAAGCGUUGGUGUAGGAGAGCACUUGAGAUACACUGUCACAGGAACGACCCG